ACUCCUGUGGAAGGUUGUGAAGGUGUCUGGAAAACUGGCCGAGUUUAUCCCGUCAACGAGGACUAGGACCAUUAAUUACAAAAGACAAGACAUUAUUUUAGUAUCCUUCUCUUUAUGAAAUGUUUCAUGAUCCCGCGGACGAAACGCACAGAAAACCACGUCAACUUAGGAAUACACCACUACAGAAAUAUGUUCGACUCGCGGCACUUACUGUAACCCUUUUAUACGCUGGUGCGAUGUAUAUUUCUUGGAGAAGAAAUGUCGUUCCAUUGUUAAAUGACGAAAAUAUAAUCAGAGAAUUCACUCUCCCAAGAGACGAGAGAGAUAUGUUAGAAGAUUACAACACAAUUCCAUUUUUGAAAGGUAUUAUUGAAAAGUUGAGUGAUAGACAACGAACUAAAUCUAAAGCAGAAGCUGAAUUAGAAAAUAUGCAGGCUAAAGCUGAAUAAAGUUUAAACAACAGAAUAUUCAAAGUUUACAUAACAGUAAUGGAUAUUGAAAAGAAUGGAUUCUGUAAACCUAGUAGUUUAGAAGGAAGAUUGAGAUUAAGGAAAAAUGAUAAGGAAAGUAUGGAUAACAAGGUCCUUCCUAACAAUAAUGAAUCUAAUACGGAUGAUACUGCUUGUACAUCUCAAUCUCCACUUGAUGACAGUAUAUUGGAUUUUAAAUCGCCAAAAAGAAUACAUUCCAUGCAAUCGAAAAUUAUUAAUAGUAACAGAUUUCCAGAUAAAGUCAAAAAGAAAGUACUCCAUUCUAAACCUAAAAUUAUUAUAAAUGAAAAGAAAUCUAAAAGUGGAAAACCAUUACAGAGUAAAAAGAUUCGUGAUAUACAACAACCAUUAAUUGAAUCAUCUUUUUUUAAAUCUGAAAAGAAAGAAAUAGAGUCACCGCAAAGUUCAACUGUUGUACAAACUGCUUUUGUAUGUCCAUUGUGUUUUAAAAAUCUUAAAGAUGAAAAUUCACAAGCUGUACAUAUGAAGAGUUGUGCCACGAAAAAUAACAUGUCUACAAAAAAAUUAAUGGAUGCUGUGGAAUUACAAGAACGGCAAGCUGCAGAAAGAAAAUCAUUGGGGCUUCUCUCCGCUCCUAUAUUACAAGACAAAAAGAAAUCUGCUCCUCGUAAAAUAGCAUCGCUUGAUGAUCCUGAUCUUCAACUUGCUUUAGCCCUUUCCAAAUCUCUAUAUGAAAAAGAGGAAAUGGAAAAAUGGGAUGAAGUUCAGAUCGUAGCAAUAUCCUCUAAUCCAUCAGUAUCAGAUAAUAAUGCAGAAUGUCCUCAGAAAGCAACAUUGCAAAAUUUUGGGUUUAGUAGCAGUAGAAAUGUAUUACCAACAAACAAUUUGCCCACCAGUAGAACUAAGAAAAGAAAGCCUAUUGAACCAACCAUUUUGCAAAGACGUACAGCUCUAGAAAGAGAACGUAUUUUAACAGAGAGAAUAGCUGAGAUACUUAUGGAUUGUAAAGAUUUUACUCAAAGAUCUCAGGAAAAAGUAGAAGAGUCUAAUGGCGUUAAAGAGAAGAUUGACAUAAAGAGUCAAUUACUUCAACAAUUACGUCAAAUUGAGAAUACAUUGUGGGAUAGAACAAAACUAAUUCUAACUAAAGAUAUAUUUUAUGUAAAACAACUAUUGCCUCAAAUAAUACCAUUAGAAAAGAAAGAGCAGAAAUCAAAUGAAGAGAAGAAUGCUAUAAAGCUUAUGGAAUUAAACAUAAACAACGAAAAUUCUUUAAAUAAUGAACAAAUGCAAGAAAUAAAAGAUAUACAGGACGUUAUAAAAACAAUGGACACUAAUGAAGCAUUAACGAUUUCUUCAAAUAUUAAUAUAUGUUGUAAAGAAAAGCAAUUUCUUGACAAUUUAGCUACAAAUUGGAGAAAUAUACUAAAUGAUAGUUUUGCAAGUGAUAUUAUUGUGUUCGUUAGAAAUAGCAAACACAUAUGGACGCAUAAGUUGGUUUUCUAUACACGUUGCGCAAAUAUUUUACUUGAUGUAAUAUCUAAUGAUACAGAGUUCUCUACUGCAAAAGAAAAAAUUUGUUGGCUUGAUACAGACUAUAAUGUCGCCAUGGCCUUUUUAGAAUUUAUUUAUUGUGGUAUAAUCGAUAAGUAUUCAAAAAUACUUGAUUCUCAGAUAACUUUAUCUGGUAUUAGAGCUUUAGGAAGGAAAUACAAAAUAAACGAUUUAUUUGUUUAUUUGCGUCAAAAGAAAUCUAAAUCUACAGCAGAAGUUAAACAUAAUUGUAAUACUUAUGAAAAAAGUACAGAAAAUGUACAUCCAAAUAUAGAAACAACUUUUGAUGUUUCAAAAUUAAAUAAAUCUUUCAACAAAUCACCAAAUUGUACGCAUAAUGUUGUGAAAAACAUUCCAUGCUCUCAGAAAACACUAUUAGAGGGUGUUAAUGAUGAUUUAUACCUUCUUGAAAAUAAUUACGCAGCUGCAAAGAACGAGUACAUUUUGCAAGACGAAAAAGAUACUUCACUGAAAUUAUCAGAGGAAAUGAAUUUCAAGAGCAACACACUGGCAAAACGAGAAACUAGUGUAUCUCCUGACAUGUUUGAUGAAACAUUUGUGAUGAAGCACAAUGAUAAAUCUACAGUACACUCUAAAGAUUUGGAAGAUUCUAAUAUCCAUAUAUUACUGAAUUUGCUCAAACAAGAUGCAGAUGUUGAUAUCUGUAAUCAAAAAUUAUCAACUGCAAAACCCCAGAAUACAAAACAUUUAAAGUUAGAUAGAAGUACAUCUAUUUGUUUGAAAAAUUUGGAACAAAGUGUAGAAAUUAAUCCAGUCGAAUCAAAUUCUCUGAAAUUUUCUAUCAAUGAUAUGCAUAACAAUUUUUUAAUGGAUAUAUCCCAAAACAAUAUAUCUGAAUGUAGUCAGGAUUUUUCAAAGAUAAUAAAACAGAAAAGUAAUAUCACAUUAUUUAUCGAAGAAAUCCAGAAAGAAAACGCGGAAUCGGAUGCGUUGAUAAAUGCCACAGAGAUGGAAUGUUCUGUACAAAUAUCUUCUAUAAAGCAUAAGAAUCCAUUUUGUAUAGAUAAAUACGAUAACUCCAAUCUUCAACCUUAUGAUAAUGAUGAACAAUCAGUUGAUACAGAGAAAAAACCCAGUAGAUUAUCUAUAAUAGAGCAGUGUAUGCAGUCAUAUGCUGCCAAAAAUCCAGAAUUUUAUUCUCGUCUUUCUAAUGAAGAUGUAAAAGAUGUUAAACAGACUAAUAAUUCGCACAUAGAUUCUCUAUUAUCUAAAAAGAUAACAGAAUCUUCCCAUAAUAAUAUAUUGAAUUGUACACAAAACUUUACUUUAUCAGAUGAGAGAAAUGUUUCAGAACAAGUCACAACUGUACCGAUAGUAUGUUCACAACAUACUGAAACAAUGAAUCGAUCGCUUAGCGAAACAAUUUUUGAUUUAGAAACGAAUGAGAAAGAGAUUUCUAUGUAUUCUAAAUAUAUGAGAGAUCACAAGGACAAUAGCAUAGCAAAGUAUCGAAGAGCAAUCAGUAGAAAUAAGUCAGAUAAUAAUCUAUCUAAUAAAAGUAUAUUAUCUGAUUUCCUCAAUGAAGACAGUAAUGUUAAUAAGGCUGAAAAAGAUGAAAUUUUGACUCAAUCUGUUUUGACACAAAAAGAUGUAGAUGUAAUUGUUUCAUCAGAUUCAGAUGUUGAAAGUACAUCUUCCAAUGUUAGCCAUAUCUUAGAGAACAAUGACUCCAGCUGUGAAAAUAUCAUGUCUCAUUCUCUGCAACAAUCUAAAAAAGAAAUAGAAAAAAACAAAAAGGAUAUGACAAAUGAAAAAAACAGUCAAUCCUUCGAAAUUAACAAAUUUUCAAAAGCAAUGACGACAUACUUGGAAGAAAAAAAAAAUAUUAAUAGCGCAAAAUUAAAUCCAGAUAAGUUAAAUACUACAGAGAUAAUGACACAAAAAUAUAAAUUUAAUGAAUUAAAUGAUGCUCAGAAAAAGGAGUCUAUACCAAGUCCGAUCAUGGUAUCUUCUAGCCCAGAUUUUUUAAAUAAUGAAAGCUGCAGUCCAAUUCUACAUAUGGAAGACUUGCUUCAAGGUAAACUUUGUACCGAAAAUGUAUCAGGAUUAGAGGCUUGUAAAUUAAGAAAGUCAACCACUUUUUCUUUUGAUUUUGAAGACGAUAUAUAUCUUGCAAAUGUUGAUAUUGAUAAAUAUGAGAAACAACAUAUUUUGGAGAAGAGUCGAUCAUUUAACAUAUCAAGUAUAAGAAAAUUUAAUAAUAGUAGUACACGCAAAAGCAAUGAUAAAAAUAAUCAUGGAAAUAUCAAAGGGAGAGAUAUAGCAGCAAAUUAUUGUGGAAACUUAGAUAAUAAUGUUACAUCUUUGACUCAAAAUUUUACAAGUGUUAAGAAAUUUAAAAAGAAAUCUUUAUCCGAGGGACAGAUUAACACAAAUAGAUUACGUAAUCAAGGAGUGUCCAAACAAUUUCAAUGUAAUUACAUCCAGAACAUUGGAAAUGCAAAAAUGCUUAAAAUAACUGAUAAAGAUGUUACACCUCCGCCUAUUUACAACGAUAUGAGUACUCCUGAAUUACACAAAGAGAUGAAGAAAUAUGGAUUAAAGGUACAAAAACGUAGCAGAGCUGUAAAAUUAUUAACGCAUAUUUAUAAUGAACUUCAUCCUUUAAUGCCUGAGAAAACAAUAGAACAACAGGUCACUGAAAUUUCGAGCGAUGAAAAUGAGGAACCUCCAUUGAAGAAACGAAACGUAGAUGAUAACAGUUUCGAAAAAUUGAGCAAUUCAGAAGACAGUGAAAAUGAAUUGCUUUGUUCUCAAGAUAGCAAUGAUAGUAUAAGCCCUACAAAAGAAACACUCAACAAAGAAAUGGAAUUUUAUGAAACCGAGUCAUCAUCGGUACUGGAAAAUUCAUCGAAUAUUACAGAAGCCUUUAUGAAACUAAUCAAUAUUGAUAAAGCUUUACAUAAUAAAAUAUUACAAUAUGAGCCAGUGAAUAUUGAUCAUUUGCGUUGUAUGUUGCAAACACAUGGAUUUAAAUGCAAUUUGCCUAAUCUCAUGAACUUUCUAGAUCAACAGGUGCGUUUUCUUUAUUACAUUUUAUUCACCAGAACAGAAUGCCAAGAGAACUCGCAGAAAAGCAUAAUUCAUCAAUAUUUACAAUUUCUUUAUAAUUAAUUCUUUAUAAUUAACCCUAGCUAUACACACUGGAAUCCCCGGGGCUCCAGCGCAAUUUUCUAAAUCAACAUUUUUUUUGCGUUUAAAAAUUUUUUUUUCUUUGAUCUCAAUAUCCUAACCUCUAAUCCUAAUCUCAAAACUUCUUAUGUUUAUCAAUUUUUACACAUUAUAGACUUGUUCCUUAAUCAAUUCUCUAUCGAUUGAAAAAAAAAUUAAUUGAAAUAUAUCCAUUUCAACAGAAGUUACGGUACAAAACAAACAAAUAUGGAUGGGAUCCUAGGGACCUCAGUGUGUAUAUCUAGAGUGUAAGA